UAGCACAACCGCCGUUACGUUGUGAGUCGGAAGAAGAAGCCGAUUCUGGAAGCCAUUACGUUGCGCACAUCAGUUGAGUAAAUCCUACUAUUUUUGCGUACAAUACGCACAAUUACCUCCCCUAAAAAGGAAUUUCUGCAAUUAUGGCAUCGGUGGCGAAAAAGAGAAAAAUGAAUUUCUCGGAGAGAGAGGUGGAAAUUAUUGUGGAAGAAAUAGAGAAACAAAAGCACACACUGGUUAACCACUUCAAUGCUGGAGUCACACACAUGGCAAAGAAUAACGCGUGGGUGGAUAUCCUGAAAAAGGUGAACGCAGUCACCACCUGUCCCAGAGAGUUGCCCGAGGUGAAAAAGAAGUGGUCCGACAUGAAGACAGAAGUCCGGCGGAAAGUGGCCCAGGCGCGGGCUGCUAUAGAGGGGACCUCCGGUGACUGCACUCCAGUUCCCGUCAUCCUCACUGCCAUGCAGCAGAGGAUCUGUAACCUCCUGGGGGAGGCCACCAUCAUCAGCCUACCUGCAGGGGACUCGGAUGCUGAGAUUACUUUACCUGUUACGGUGAACACCGCCGCCACCGUCACGCUGGCAGAGACUCUUCCAGCCGGCUCAGGUACAGUCUGUGAUGAGGCAAAACCACUGAACGCUGAGACAACGUACCACACCCUGGAGGAUGGAGGCGUGGUGGAGUACUGCACCACCACUGUAAGUGAUUCCGCUCCCACUGUGGUGGCAGCUGUCGAGGCUCCGGUGGAGAUGCUGGCCUCGUCCGCAGCUUCGCCACCUCCUCCUCAGAGUCAGGCCAAACCUCAGGAGCUGAAGAGCCGCAUCGCCCUCAACUCCGCCCGCCUGCUGCAGGAGCAGAGGGUCACCAACGUCCACAUCCGGCAGAUCGCCCAGCACCUGGAGGGCCAGAACGAGCUGUUGCAGAUGAUGCGGCGCUCCCAGGAGGCUCAGGCGUUCGCCCAGGAAAGACAGGCUCAGGCCUUGGAGGGUACCCAGGCUGCCCUGCUUGCGUUAGUUCAGAUGCUGAGGCCUGCUCUAAAAGACCUGCGCAAAUUCCUGCAGAGUGGGACAGAGGUUGCAAACCCAAGCAGCUCAGCAGCCGGAGGAAUGACUGAUGGGUCAGGCACAGAGGAGCAAAGCAGGCCCAAAACACCACCUCCUCCUCCACAGCAAGCUGAGGAGACACAAUAGACACUGUGUGUGUGUGUGUUUGUGUGUGUGGCACUACGUCCUGUUUGCAUUGCACAUAAAGGAAUCCAUGCACACAGGCUUCAGUGAACAAUGAAAAGCUUGUCAAGAGUUGCCUUAGGCAGAGCAUGUACAGGAUUUUAUCUGCGUUUUAUGAUUUGGGGAAGCAGAAGCAGUAGAACGGUUAUGUUGAGAACAUUAGUUUCACUUUUCACAGUCCAUUAAUUGGCAGUGAGCUGACGUUACUUAACCCACAGAUGGGCGACGAAUGAAAGGAAAAACCCAGAAAAUGGGUGGAGAAACAGGAUGACAGCGCCCCCAUCUAAAGGGCACGAGGGGUGACCAAAUGGUUUGAGUAUGAGGAUGAUGCAAAUUAUGUGCUGUGGCCUUCAUAAUCACCAGAUCUCAGCCCUUUUGACACCCGUGGGAGAUUUUGGAGCAAUGUGGUGGACAGUUCUCUCUGCCACCAUCAUCAAAUCACCAAAUGAGGGAAUAUCUUUUGGAAGAAUGGCGUCCAUCGCUUCAGUAGUGUCCAGAUUCUUGGAGAAUCAAUGCCACGGUGGACUGAAGCUGUUCAGGUGGCACAUGGUGGCCCGACACCUUAUUAAGACACUUUAAUUUGUCACCUGUCUGUUGAUUUG